AUGGCAGAACUAAAGCCAUACAGGGGCAACUACUACCUCUGGGACUACCUCCCGUCGACACCAGCAGCAAUCAUAUUCGUGGUCCUGUUUGCGGGAGCAACGGGCUUCGUGGGCUGGCGGAUGGCCAAGACGAGGACGUGGUUCAGCAUACCUUUUGUCCUCGGCGGACUGUUCCAGUUCCUAGGCUACGUGGCCCGGGCGUACGCGCGCGACAAAACCGACCAACUCGGCCCGUACGUGAUGCAGUCGGUGCUCAUCCUCGUGGCGCCCGCGCUCUUCGCCGCCUCCAUCUACAUGACGCUCGGGCGGCUCAUGCGCAGCAUCCACGGCGAGCGCCACUCCCUCAUCCCCGUCAACUGGCUCACCAAGGCAUUUGUGCUGGGCGACGUCUUGUCGUUCCUGGUGCAGUCGACGGGUGCAGGGCUCAUGGCGGUGAAGAACUUUGACCCCAAAAAGGCAGAGAACAUCAUCCUCGUCGGGCUUAUUGUGCAAAUCGUCAUGUUUGGGCUGUUUGCCAUGACGGCGGCGAUUUUCCACGUCCGGAUGAGGAGGUGGCCGUCGGCGGCGAGCAUGGACGCGGGCUGGGUCAGGAUUAUGAUGAUGCUGUACGCGACGAGCGCGCUGAUUCUGGUGCGGUCGGUGUUUAGGGUCGUGGAGUACAUCAUGGGCAAGGAGGGCUAUUUGCUGACGCAUGAGUGGACGCUGUAUGUUUUUGAUGCGGCCUUGAUGUUUGGCACCAUGGUGGUGUACGGGGUUGUGUAUCCAGGGCACUUGAGCCGUGGGGAGUUGAGGAAGCCGAGGGCGUGGGACGUGGUUGAUUCGGGGCCCGGGGAGGAUGAGGUUCGGCCGGGGGGCAAGUGA